UGUGAUUGGCUGAUGUGUUGUUAACCCGUUGCAGUGCGGUGUACGACUGAAGGUGAAGCUAGCCUGCUUUGUGAGUCCUUUCCUUGAGUCCAAAAUGUCUACCAGCAGACUGUUAACCAUGCACACUCCGUUGUGUAGACGCCUGGCUCACAAAUACCUUUCCAGAACCUACACAUCACGACCUUCACUUAAUGAAGUCGUCAUUGUCAGCGCAGUCCGAACUCCGAUGGGCUCCUUCAAAGGCAGCCUGGCAGCAGUUCCAGCCACCAAACUAGGCUCUGUUGCUAUUAAAGGAGCCAUCGACAAAGCAGGAAUUUCUCCUGAAGAGGUGAAGGAGGUUUACAUGGGAAACGUGCUACAGGCAGGAGAGGGUCAGGCUCCCACACGACAGGCCCUGCUGGGAGCAGGUUUGACCCUUGGUACACCUGCAACAACUAUCAACAAAGUAUGUGCUUCAGGCAUGAAGUCCAUCAUGAUGGCGGCACAGAGUCUAAUGUGUGGACAUCAGGAUGUGAUGGUGGCAGGAGGCAUGGAGAGCAUGUCUAAUGUGCCUUAUGUGAUGGCCAGAGAGGCGCCACCUUAUGGAGGAGUGAGGAUGGAGGACCUCAUCGUCAAGGAUGGCCUCACUGAUGUCUACAACAAAUUCCACAUGGGCAACUGUGCAGAGAACACAGCAAAGAACUGCAAGAUCAGUAGAGAGGAGCAGGACGCCUACGCCAUCAGGUCAUAUAGCCGCAGCAAAGCAGCGCACGAGUCCGGUGUGCUGGCAAAGGAGAUCGUUUCAGUUAGCAUUUCACAGAGAGGCAAACCAGAUGUGGUAGUGUCCGAGGACGAGGAGUGGAGGAGGGUGGACUUCAGCAAAGUUCCCAAACUCAAGGCAGUGUUCCAGAAAGAGAAUGGCACAGUGACAGCAGCCAAUGCCAGCACACUGAAUGAUGGAGCUGCUGCUCUAGUUUUGAUGACAGCCGAUGCUGCAAAGAGACUCAACGUCACUCCGCUCGCCAGGAUAGCCUCUUUCGCUGAUGCAGCUGUUGCUCCCAUUGAUUUCCCCAUCGCUCCAGCAUAUGCUGUACCAAAGGUGCUGGAUGCAGCUGGGCUGAAGAAGGAGGACAUCGCCAUGUGGGAGAUCAACGAAGCCUUCAGUAUAGUUGUGCUGGCCAACAUCAAAAUGCUCGAUAUCGACCCGGCAAAAGUCAAUGUCAAUGGAGGAGCUGUGUCUUUGGGUCACCCAAUUGGGAUGUCUGGGGCGAGAAUUGUAGGUCACAUGGUGCAUAACCUGAAGUCGGGACAGUAUGGACUCGCAGGGAUCUGCAACGGCGGAGGUGGAGCUUCUUCUAUCCUCAUCCAGAAGUUGUAGGAAAAGCUGAGAAAAGCCAUCUGUUUUCCUGAUGUUUCAUUAUGUGGUGACUGGUUGUUUCAAAAGGUUAAAACAGAGUGACUAUAAGGCAUGCAUUUGUUACUACUUUAGUGGCAGGGCCUUAAUCAAACAAAAUGUAGGAUUCAACUAUUGUUGUCAUGACUCCUGUGUUCCAAACACUCCUUUAUUUGAAAGAAUGUCUUGUGCAAAUCACGGAUUAAUAUUUAACUGUUAAGAAUAUGAUAAAAUAGUUUUUCAAA